AUGUAUCUCCUUCACUGCGCUCAUAUCUAUCUAUCUAUCUAUCUAUCUAUCUAUCUAUCUAUCUAUCUAUCUAUCUAUCUAUCUAUCUAUCUCAUUAUCUAUCAAUCAAUCUAUGUCUUUCUGUUCAUAUAUAUCAAUAUAUGUAUCUCCUUCACUGCGCUCAUAUCUAUCUAUCUAUCUAUCUAUCUAUCUAUCUAUCUAUCUAUCUAUCUAUCUAUCUAUCACUCGCUCACUCUCUCUCUCUCUCUCUAUAUAUAUAUAUAUAUAUAUAUAUAUAUAUAUUCACUCUCUCACAGACGCGCCGUCGCCUCUCUCUGUCUUUUCUACAAAUACUUUCAUGUAAUCAUCCGUUUCUCUCCCGACUCUUUCGGUGACGACGACAUCGAAGAUGAAGGAGACAUCCUUCCCACUGGCAACGUAUAUAUAAUGUCUAUCUUUUAUUCAGAUAGGCGUUAUUUACACAGUGCCAGUGGAAAAGAUGUCUUCGUCAUCUUCGAUGUUGAAACUUUCUUAAUAGUAUGCAUCCGUUCAUCUCGUGAGUCAUUAACUGACGUCGACAUCGAACAUGAAGAAAGCAUCUAUCCACUGAACUCCUAUCUCGUUUUUUUUAUUAUCUAUCUAUCUAUCUAUCUAUCUAUCUAUCUAUCUAUCUAUCUAUCAAACUCUCUUUUUAUUUUAUUCUCUUCAGACUAUCUCGUUUUGGUCAUAUAUGAAUAUAUCUCAUUGUCUUCACAUCUAUCUAAUUUUAUCCAUAUCUAUCUCUCUCAAUAUUCAGUUCUUUUUCUAUCUCAUUAUGUUCAUAUGUAUCUAUCUAUGUACAUAUUUAUCAAUCAAUCAAUCUAUCUUUUUCUGCUCAUAUAUAUUGAUAUAUGUAUCUCCCUCACUGUGCUCAUAUCUAUUAAUCUAUCUCAUUUUUUUCAUAUCUAUCUAUCUAUCUAUCUAUCUAUCUAUCUAUCUAUCUAUCUAUCUAUCUCAUAUUACUUAUCCCAGAUCUCACGUUGA